UGUUAGAAAAACCGUGGUCCAAACCGUACCACACAGUUUGGUCCGGACCGUAGACCGUUAAGUAUGGUCUGGUCUGGUCCAUGGUCUGUACUAUUUUAUGUUUUGAUCUCUUGGUCUGGUCUGGUCUAGACCGUGGUUUACCAGACCAAACCGUGGACCAAACUGACUUGUAAAUACGUGUUAACAGCCCAUUCGACCACUCUCCCAACUCCCACAACCACACCCAAGUCUCAACCUUAGUUUUGUGAAUCUUGUCCCUCCUUAAUUCACAACCACAUUUAACUAGAGAGUAGAGAUAAUCGUGUCUCCAUAUGACAUUAUGUUAAUGUUUAUGACGUUAUGGUGCAAGUUGCGAUGUUUUUACUUUGUAUCUUUGGUAUGUACUAAGAUUUAGAGUAUCAAAAUUAUUCAUGCAUGUUAGGUGAAAACCAAUUAAUACCCAAUAGCUCGCUCGAAUUGAGAUAAUUGAGUUGCUGGUAAGAAUUAGGCAAACCACCCCCAGAAGUCCCUCCAAUCAAAAUCAGAAAGUAGCACCUUUAUAUUCCAUUUAGGGUAAAUACAAUUUAAUAUCCAAACCUUUCAUUUUAAACAAUAUAAUAGCCAAACUUUUUAGAAAACAAUCUAAUAUCCAAAUCAUCAACUUUCCGUCCAUUUGACCGUUAGUUGACACUUCAAAAAAGCUUUGUUAAGGGGAAAUUGUCACAAUACAAUUUUGUUUUCUUGUUUUAGCAUUGGAGAUGACUGAAUAUUUAGAUAUUCUAUACCAUCAUGGUGGAGUCAUGGACUUCUCGGGUUUGGAACCACGAUAUAUUGGUGGUUUUUCAGAGAAGAUAUCGAUGGAUAUUGAUGAAGUGUCGUACUUCGAACUUGAUGAAGUGUAAACUAAUGGUCAAACGGACGCAAAGUUGACGAUAUGGAUAUUAAAUUGUUUACGAAAAGGUUUGGCUAUUAUAUUUUUUAAAAUGAAAGGUUUGGAUAUAACAUUAUAUUUACCUACCCUUCCAUUUACACAUCAUCAGGAAGCCCCAUCAUUAAUAACUUUGUUUUUUUUUUCUUCCAAUCGAAUCAAUAUAUUCUAGUACUCAUUUUACUCUCUUGAAUCAUGUGGCUAAUUAAGCCCCCUAAUCUUGACCCUUUGUACGUAAGAAUGGCUAUCUCCAAACCACAAUAAACAAAAAUAAACAAUAGAGCACGUUUCUGGUCUCACUAAAAUAAAUCUGUUACAGCACGUGCAACUAUUGUUGUCGGUGUAGGCGCCCUAUUUGACUAAGAACAUCAAAAUAACUAACUAGCAACCACCUAUAUAUGACCCCUUUCUAGUUUCUUCCAUGCAUUAUGUCGUAUUGUCGUAUCGCAUCUCUUAUCUAUGAUGUCGAAGAAGAUCUCGGAAGCAGAUAAUGGUGGUGUUCGUCAGCCGGAGAGCAGCAGCUGGGAUUCAGAUCUGCAAUUUCUUGAUUCCAUUCAGCACUUCCUCCUCUCCGGCGGCAGUACAGAUCAUCACUUCGGCAUUAAUAACAUUUUUCAUCAGUCCCCACCGGACGAGACAUGGACACCCGUACAAACAAACUCUUCCUUAUCCAUCGGCAGCAGCAGCAGCAGCAUUGCCGCCGAUCUACUCCUGCCGGCGGGGGCUGCGGCGGCAUCUGAUGAUCUUCAAUAUCCAUUCCCCUCCACGGCGGUGGGGCCUGCUGCAGAGUUGGAGGAGAUUGGCAGCCACGUGGCAUCAUCUUCGGGUACUGGUUUGAGCGAUGAGGCCGUGGAGGCGAAGAAGAAGAAGGGAGGAGGUGGUGGUGGUUGGCGGUAUAAGGGAGUGAGGAGGCGGCCGUGGGGGAAGUACGCGGCGGAGAUUCGGGACCCGAAGAGGAACGGAGCGAGGACGUGGCUGGGGACGUACGAGACUCCACAGGAUGCGGCUCUGGCCUACGACCGAGCCGCUUUCCAGAUGAGGGGAGCCAAGGCGAAGCUCAACUUCCCUCACCUGCUCAGCUCCAGUGGUAACCCUUCCCCGCCGCCGGUAUGAGCCCAUUGGCGUUGUUUGUAAUUUGGUAUCCUUGAGCUUUAUCGGAACUUUUUUCAUUUUGUUUCAUUAUGUAAUUAUAGGCUCCAUCCAAUAAGGCAGUUUGGUUGGUGUCACAUGGCACCGUACACAAUUUGGUUAAGCUCGAUGAGAGAUAUCUUUUGGUGUAAAUUUGCUAUUUUCCUAUGAAAUCUUUUAUUCGCAGUUUAUUUCAUCGAAUUACGUCGUAUCUUUUUUGGAUUAUUUCUUCCAUUUGCGAACGGACUCCAUCAUUCAACAUUCUUUGUUGAGUUACAAGUUAAUUUCAUAGGUUAUGACGGGGAAUACUAAUUUUGGGAUGAUUUUUAGCAAUUCAGAUUAAAUUAAUCUAUGGAAU